UUCGAGAUUUCGAUGAUAAGUCUACAGAGGCGGUGGCUGUGACUUAUACGACGUCGCAGCAAAGCUAUUCUGCGUUGCCGCCUCAUUACCCGAAGCAGAGUUCCUCUGCUAUGGAUUCCUCGUAUGAGUUGCUGGCAAUGGAUCACCAGUCACAAGGGAAAUCGAUUAGUUCGAAUCUUAUCAGGCAGAGUAGCUCGCCUGCUGGACUUUUCGCGAAUCUUUCGGCUCAAAAUGGCUAUGCCACCAUGAAAAGUGUUGGCAGCUAUGGUGGAGUCAAUGGUACAGAUGGAGGAGGGUUAAGCCCAUCAAACAGACUGAAAAGUCUUUAUAGCUUCUCAUCAAGACUUCCAUCGUCUGCCAUGUUAUCACAAAUAUCUGAAAUUGGGAGCGAAAGCAUUGGGGCAAAUGGCCAUGAUGAUGGGAAACUUGGGAAUGGAACUGGUGAUGCUCGAUUUUAUAAUCCUGGAUUCCCAUCUGGAGGUUGGCACAAUUCGUUGAGUUUCACCGAGAACUUUUCUGGUUUGAAACAAGAAAAUGAUAAUGAUGGGAAGUUAUAUUCUGGUUCUCAGGAUGGAGAGUCUGGAAAUCGAAUACACAUGUUAUCCCAUAGCUUGAGUUUGCCCAAGGCUUCAACGGAGAUGGUUAUCGAGAAGUUUCUCCAAUUUCAAGAUUCCGUUCCUUGUAAAAUUAGAGCCAAACGUGGUUGUGCCACUCAUCCUCGAAGUAUUGCUGAAAGGGUGAGAAGAACGAGAAUCAGUGAACGGAUGAGGAAACUACAAGAGCUAGUUCCGAAUAUGGACAAGCAAACAAGCACGGCAGACAUGCUAGAUUUGGCAGUAGAGUACAUUAAAGAUCUUCAGAAACAGUUUAAGACUCUUAGCGAUAACCGGGCUAAUUGCAAGUGUUUAAACACUCAGAAGCCAAUUCCAAAUCAAAUCAUUUGAUUUACUACUGUACAGAAGACUGCAGGAACUACGGAGUUAAGUCAAUAGAAUUUUGAUCUUCUUCCCUUUUUAGAUCUUUUCUUUUCCCGGUUCCGAAAUGCCAUGAAGAACAUAUAAAAGGAGGUAAAGAUCUUUUCUUUAAAGCGGGCAUCAUGUGAGGUGGGGGAAAAGAAAAGAAAGCUUGUUGAAUUUCCACCACAAGAUUCAGAUCCUGUAAGCUAACAGAACAAACCUUCCCAUUACUAGAUAUAUGGAAUAAAGGGGAAAAAAAAAAAGUUGUAUAGGACUUGUUUUUGGAAUAGUUGAUUGCCAUUACUAAUCUGUGAUUUCCUUCCCUUUUCUCUACUUUAUGAUAUUCUUUUGGAACUCUGCAAGGGAGAUUGAUUUGAGAAUCA